CACUUUAUGGUUUGGGCCUACCAAAAAAAUCAGUCAUGCCCGCGAAAAGCAACGUUCAAGAGAAUGUCUGCCGCUUCAAAUUAUUACUUUUCUUUACUCAAACGCUGCUGUGAAGCCAAGAGCCAAACCCAAGCAAAGAAGCUUCAUUCCCUCAUACUCAAAUCUCAGGUACUUCCUGAUACCUUCUUAUCAAACAAUCUCAUCAACACGUAUGGUAAACUAGGCAAUUUAACUUAUGCACGUUAUGCGUUCGAUCAAAUUCCUCAACCAAACCUGUUCUCAUGGAACACCAUCCUCUCUGCCUAUUCCAAGUCAGGCCGGCUUUCAGAAAUGCAAGAAAUAUUUAACCGAAUGCCAAGUAGAGAUGGGGUUUCAUGGAAUUCUGUUAUUUCAGGGUAUGCAAGCCACGGGUCUUGUUAUGAUUCGGUUAAAGUAUAUAGGUUGAUGUUGGAGGCUGGACCAAUGAAUUUGAAUCGGAUUACAUUUUCAACAAUGCUUAUAUUGUCGUCAAAUUGUGGUUGUAUUGAUUUGGGUCGGCAAAUUCAUGGGCAAAUAGUGAAAUUUGGUUUUGAUUCCUAUGUGUUUGUUGGUAGCCCCUUGGUGGACAUGUAUGCAAAAGCAGGGCUAAUUUAUGAUGCAAAGCGGGUUUUUGAUGGUGGGGUGGAGAGAAAUUUGGUCAUGUCUAAUACAAUGAUCAUUGGGCUUUUGCGGUCUGGGAUGGUUGAAGAAUCAGAGCAAUUAUUUCAUGAUAUGAGAGAGAAAGAUUCAAUUUCAUGGACAACAAUGAUUACAGGCCUUACUCAGAAUGGUCUGGAGAGUCGGGCAAUUGAUUUGUUUAGAGAGAUGAGGAUGGAAUGCUUGGCUAUGGAUCAGUUUACUUUUGGAAGUGUUUUGACAGCAUGUGGGAGUAUUUUGGCUUUAGAAGAAGGCAAACAAAUCCAUGCCUUUAUAAUUAGGACUGAUCACACGGAUAAUGUAUUUGUGGGUAGUGCUCUUGUUGACAUGUAUUCCAAGUGCAAAAACAUAAAAUGUGCAGAAACUGUUUUCAAGAGAAUGACUUGCCGAAAUGUCAUAUCAUGGACUGCAAUGCUAGUGGGCUAUGGUCAGAAUGGGUUCAGUGAGGAAGCUGUUAGGAUUUUCUGUGAGAUGCAGAGAAACAGAGUUGAGCCGGACGAUUUUACUUUAGGAAGUGUAAUUAGCUCAUGUGCCAAUUUGGCAAGCAUUGAAGAGGGUGCCCAGUUUCAUGGUCAAGCCUUAGUUUCUGGCUUGAUUUCAUUUGUUACUGUUUCUAAUGCACUUGUUACCUUGUACGGUAAAUGUGGAAGCCUUGAAGAUUCCAGUCGAUUGUUCAAUGAGAUGAACAUCAAGGAUGAAGUUUCUUGGACUGCAUUAGUUUCAGGGUACGCCCAGUUCGGGAAAGCCAAUGAAACAAUUGAUUUGUUUGAAAGAAUGUUGGCCCAUGGUCUGAAACCGGAUGGAGUUACUUUCAUAGGGGUUCUUUCAGCUUGCAGUAGAGCAGGACUAGUUGAGAAAGGACGUCAGUAUUUUGAAUCCAUGCUAAAAGAACAUGGAAUUAUGCCAAUUCCUGACCACUACACUUGCAUGAUCGAUCUUCUCAGUCGAGCUGGAAGGCUAGAGGAGGCAAAAAGUUUUAUUAAUAAGAUGCCGUGCCGUCCUGAUGCAAUUGGUUGGUCCACCUUGCUAAGCUCUUGUAGAGUUCAUGGUAACAUGGAAAUUGGUGAAUGGGCUGCUGAUUCUCUAUUGGAGUUAGAACCUCAGAACCCUGCAAGCUAUAUCUUGCUCUCAAGCAUCUAUGCUGCUAAAGGGAAAUGGGACAAUGUUGCUCAGUUGAGGAGAGGAAUGAGAGAUAAGGGAUUGAGAAAGGAACCAGGAUGUAGUUGGAUCAAAUAUAAGAGCAGGGUGCAAAUUUUCUCUGCUGAUGACCAGUCAAGUCCAUUUUCAGAUCAGAUAUAUGCUGAGCUUGAGAAAUUAUACACUAAAAUGAUAGAGGAGGGAUAUGUGCCUGACAUGAGUUCUGUUCUUCAUGAUGUAGUGGAGUCAGAAAAGAUAAAGAUGCUUAACCACCACAGUGAGAAGCUUGCUAUUGCCUUUGGGUUGAUUUUUAUUCCUCCUGGUCUACCCAUACGUGUAGUUAAAAACCUCAGGGUUUGUGGGGAUUGCCACAAUGUCACAAAAUUCAUUUCUAAGAUAACCCAGAGGGAGAUACUUGUGAGAGAUUCUGUCCGGUAUCAUUUGUUCAAAAAUGGUACAUGUUCAUGUGGAGAUUUUUGGUGAUGGGGAUUCUAUUAGUUUCCAGAGCUGUUGCAGGGGACAAUUUUAAAUUUUUUAAUUACAAAAAUGCUACAUUGUUUUCCAUUUUUUAACAUUUGUAAAGGAAACUUAGAGAAAAUCUUUUUAUUAUUUUUUUUAAGUUAACCUUAUAAAUGUUUGAAAACUGGAAAAAUGUGCAAUAUUGUAAUUCUUGAGAACAUUGGAAAUGGAAAUCAAAACUGUUUUGACAACUAAACAGGCCCUAAAAUUCUCCCAAUUUGUCAGGUGAAAAACUGAGAUACAGGAUUUGUAUGCAUUGGAAGGUACAUUUUCCCCUUUAAAUAACAGGAUAUAUUUUGUGGGAAGCAGUUGAGGGUUAUUCUUCACCAACAAUGGUCAGGUUGAAAACUAUUAUGAGGUUCGAAGGAUACAAGAAUUUUGAUCUCUGAUAAUUCCCAAUAGUCGAAUUCAUUGGGUUGGGUUUGCUAAACAAAUGUUGAAUGGAGAAGCUAUGACCCAGCUUAUUCAAACUACUGCAAGGUUUGUUGGCAUUUCAUCAUGAUAAAGCUGUUGAACUGUUCAUACUAGAAGGCAAUGUGUGCGUAACUUUAUGAGCUUGAUUAGACUUGGUUGGCACUCAAGGUACAGAAUAUAAGAUAAAAUAUUUGUAGAGCUGCUCAUCGCUUACUUUGAGUAAGGAGAGCAUUGUGUGCUAACACUGGUUAACCAGCAUGUAUGGCUACAGUUUGUUGCAUAAGAGGCAUGAUUUUUACCUCCAGCUCUGAUUUGCUUCAAAAAGUUGCCUAGUGUAUUGAUGAGUUUGAAUCAGGGUUUGAAGCAUGUCAAUGUAAACCAGAGCUCUCUUGUUGAAUUCAAGACUGUUGUUGAGCAAACAGGUAAAUUCCAUGAAUCAAGACACCAUGUCAAGAUUGUAGGACCUAACCAUCAGACUUAGGGUAAAAUGCUGGGGCCAAGACAUCUGGAUUUGGAAGAUUUUAGAGGUAAGAAAUACAUUGAGAAGAUGCCCUAUAUUGUAGAUUGGCUCAUUCUUUUUUUCUUAUUAGCCAAGAGUGAUAUUGAUUAUUCUUAUUUAUAUCAUUUAUAAAGGUGGCAUUUUACUUUGGUA